GAUUAAGCGCAAGCUCAUAUCACAUUGCGCAAAUACGUGUCGCAGAAUAUGGAAAACUAAUGUUUACGUCACGGCCGCGUCACCAAAAAAUUUUAGUUGUAUCUUUUUCUUGGUGGUGUCUCGUUGUGGAAGAUUGAAUAUAGCAUAAUAAUGGAAAUUGUACAAGAAUUUUCCAAUCAAUAUAUUCUGUAUAUACCCGUAGCUUUAGUUAUAAUCGUGGCAAUUUUGGUAUUUACUUUUGGAUUUAAACCUGCUGUACAACCACCUUUUGACAAAUUAUCCUUAGAUGAUAGAAAGUCAGCUGGGAAAAAAAGGAAACUCAAGGAAAAGAAACUGACUGCUAAUGGUCAUAUUGCUAGUGGAGAUCAGAAAUCAGACAAGUCACCGUCAAAAGAAUCAAAAAAGUCACCACAAAAGGAACCUGCUGAACCAAAAUUGGAAAAAAAAGAAAAAAAAACAGAAAAGCCAAAUGAUAAAUCCAAGAAGUUGGAAACCAAGAAAAUCGAAGAAAGCAAAAACAAGAAGAACCUAAACAAAGCCCCAGAAAAGCCAGUAGAUUUUGAUGAUGGUAAUUGGGAAACAGUACCGCUUAAAGCUGACAAGAAAAAGAAAGAGCAAUCUCCUAUUAAAAAAGAUAAAAAAGCAGCUAAAAAAGAAAAAGAUACUAAAGUAGAAAAGGCAGAAAUAGAAAAACUGGUUAAAGAUGCUGUGAACAAGGAACUAAGAGAAAAAGAAAAGGAAGUGAUAGCUGAAGAGAAAAAAGUAGAAGAACCUAUUAAGAUAGAAGUAGUUAUUAAUGUACAGGAAAAGAAAGAUAAAAAAAAGAAAGAAAAGAAGCCUAAAAAAGAAGAUGUCGAAAAACCUGUCCAAGAAGAAGUUAAAAUAAAACAGGAAGAUGUGAAGAAAGAAAUUAAAAAUGAAGUUAAGGAUGUAAUUCCCCAAAAACCUCUAGUACCUGAAAAAAUUGAGGCACCUGUUAAUGUGGUCCCUCAAGAAACUGCUCCCGUUUUUGAUGAAUUAGGUGACACAUGGACUGAAUCCAAGGCAACUAAGAAAACAAGCAAGAAAAAAGCUCGCAGAGACAAUUAAAAUAGAUCAUUGAAGACUUAAAAACAAACUAUUUCAGCCUGUACACUAGAAUUUAAGAGUAACAGGUAAAUGUGAUCACAAAACCAGAAGCAUCUAGCUACGGGACUCAGAUCUCUAUAAUCAAUAUAAAAAGACUUGACUAUUGAUUACACUAAAUCUAUUUAGUUCAUAUAUGAUAGCCAUUGUUGAAAGUCUCUUUAAUUACAUCACUUUCAGUUCUUUGUUGAUAGUUUUUGGUAGAAUUUGCGAGAUUAUUCAUAUAUUUAUUAAUUAAAGGAAUUUAUAAGUAUUGAAUCAGACACAAAUAUUUUUUAAAUAUAGCUAAACCUGGCUACCAUAUGUGGAAUAAUUGCAGAGAAAUAUAAACCGUUUCACGAUUCCACUAUUCUAAUGAACUCUGAGGGUUUUUGACAUUUGAAAAAUUUGCCAGAUCAGUGUUAUGAAACUAUAUGUUUUUUGCUUAAAGUUUCUAAUGGGUUUUAAAUUUGUGAAUACUUGCAUAGAUUUGAAAAUAUUGUGUAUAGACAUGUGUGUAUUCAUAUAUCUUGUAAUAAGUAUGAUUAAAAAUCAUCAUUAUACAUUCCCAGUACAAAAGAUUCUGUAUUUAUAAUAUUCCUUGUAAUUUUUCAAAAUUUGUUUUCCUGUAUUAAGUUUCAUUUGUUUUAUCAUUGUUUUUAUGUUCGUAUUUAGGAUAUUUUUGAUACAUUAAGUUUGCUCGUCUGUUUUUAUGUAUAUUUGUUAUAUUCACUUUAUUUUUUAUACUAUUUUGUUAAUAUAUCCAUUAGGGUGAUUCAUUUCCGAAAAAAGAUUAUUUUUUCGGUUCUCAAGUAAAAUAAUCUACAUACAGAAAAAAAAAUUCAACAAGUUUGAGCUCUUAAUAGCAAUUUUAAUUAUAAAUAUAAAGUUUUACCGUUUAGAAUGCAUAUAACAAAAAUUUUUGUUUCCAAAUUUAUAAUGCUUACUUUUUACAAUAUUACAAAUCAGUUUGAUAGAUCUUGUGGGGAAUUUUAAAAUUGACAUUAUGCGCUCAAACUUGGUGAAAUGUUUUUUUUUUAUAUGUAGAUCAAUAUUUUACUUGAGCACCGAAAAAUGGUACAGAAAUGAAUCACCCUAAUAUCCAUCUAUAAUUAUUAUCUCCACUGCCAUUUUCUCCAUUCCUGUUUAUAUUUUCAAAAGAUUUUUCAUUACUAGGCAGAUUUUUCAAAAGCUAAUCAGUCUUGUGGAAGGAUGAUAAUAUCUAUGAAAACAAAAUUAUUAUUUAUUUCGAAUCUUAUACAGAGACAUCGAAAAGUAACGUGAAUAGAUGUUUUUUUUAUUAUUUUUAUGUUACUCUGCAAAAAAGGGUUGUAAUCAUAAUUGAGAGGUUAAGUCGCAGAUGUAUUUUUUUAAUAUAAGUAAUUUUUAGUAAUUAUUAGCCUAUUGUGUAAAGUUUGAUAUGUCAAAAAGAGCUUAUAAAACGGGAUUGCCAAAAAAUUUUACAUUUUUACUAUUAUUUUUAGUCUUUAUAUACGAUUUAUCUAAGAUAGUACCUGCUACUCUUUUUUUAAAUCAAACCAUUUAAAAGUUGAUUUUUUUUGUUGAAAUAUAUUUUAAGAUAAUUUUUAUUAUAAGGGUUGUUAUCUGUUGAAAAAUAACAUCUAAUAGUGUAUUAGAAAAAGAAAUUAUUUAAAUUAGUUAGUGAUGAAGUUUGUUUUACUCUGAGAGGACCUUUCUUAAAGAUAUUCAUUGUUUAAAAUGUUGUAUAAGAUAUAAUUUUCUCCAAAAUUUUGUUAUUUAAUGUUAUAUAGCAAUAAAUUGAAUAUAAUACACCCCUGUUUAUAAUACUUUUCAAAUUCCCUUAUUGGAAUGAUCUCUGUACAAAAUAUACAGAAACUGUAUAUUUUAAAAUUCUUUUCUUGAUAUCAAUGAUAGAUUAUCUUGAGUGAUCCAUUACCAGACCUGUUAAUUUAGUUGAUUUGAAAAAUUCGGAUCCAAUUUAUAUGAUUUGUUGUAUACCAUGGGGCCCAGCCUUAAUUUUUAUGUCGUUUCGUUAUUUUAUUAUUUAUUUUCCAAAAAUGGAAUAUUUUUUAGCAAUCCUCGUUACUUAAUUGUAGGUGCAGCAAAUAUAAGUGUCAACUAUAUGUAAUUCAGCAUUCCAAUGGUGAAAAACCUUUAAAAUUUAAGUUAAGUUCAAAAAUGUUUAAUAGUGUAAACUGUGUGCCAAAAUUGAUUAAAUUAUUAGGGUGUCUGUCAAAGAAAAUAAAAUCAUAAUAAUAAAGGGAUUGAAUUUUAGCAGUUUGGUAUAAUGGGAGGACAUAGGUUCUCAUUUAUAAUAAAUUAUAUAGUACUUUAUGAACUUAUGAACCAGACACCCCGAUAGUCUGAUAGUGCAACAAUACAACUAAUUUAAAUCGAUAUUUUUUAAUCGUAAUUAAAUUAUAGCAAACAUAUGUUUUUAAUAAAGUUUAUUGUCUAAUAUGUCCAAAAAUUAUUGAAAAGACAAAUUAUGAUUCGAUAUAUUGAUCUAAUCAUUUUUGACGAACAACUGUGUUGUUUUGGUUUUUUUUUGUAUAUCAGGAACAAUUUUUGUUUGUUAAUUAAUAUUUUAUAUUUUUAAUAAAAUAAUUUUAGGUAAUGGUAUACUAAUUAUAUAAGUUACAGUUAAAACCUGUUUUCAUUUGAUUUUAGUUUUGACUAGGGAAGACUAGUUCUAACAAACUUGGAUAAAGUCCCAGGUACAACUUUUCUCAGUUUCAUAAGAUGCUCCUGGAAAAAAUUUUGUGUUUCUAAUCGAGGUUUGUACAAAAAAAUGAUAUGCCAUGAAAAUUUAUUUUAAAAAUUCUGUCUUUUUAGUGUUCUACUAGAAUAAAAUUUGAAAUGUAUAAAAACUAGUUUUAACACUAGAAAUAACUAGCUUUUACUAGUAAAAACAAGUUUUAACAGAAAGGGUUCGUGAAAACUAUACUUUCCCUGUCAAAACUAGAAUUAACUGAAGACGGAUUUUAACUGUAACAUAUACAUUUCAGUUUUUUUAUAUUUAAAUGUAUAGGUUCAGUAAUAAUUUUUUGUUUUCUAAACUUUGUAUUCUUUUCAAAGAAACACUAUAUUCACUAAAAAUCAAUGGCCUUAUAUUUGGCAAAUUAGCAAAACCUUAAUAAGUUUAAGAAUAUAUUUUUGCGAUAUAUGGAGAGUUUUUAGUAAAUUAUAUGUCUUCCACUUGUGUGUUUUAUAUUCUAUAGAAAAUUAGUUUUUUAUUAUGUUUUUUCCAUUUUCUUUCUAUAUUCGAUUUUUACCUAUUUUUUAGAUACAGUUGUACAAAUGGUCGUUCAGUUGAAGUCAAAAGUUCAAUAUUAACUAAAAAUCGAAUCGAAUGAAGUUGAAAUUGACAUUUGUAAAUUGGGAACAGUAAAUCCUCUUAUUAAUAUUGAAUUUUUAUCAUUUUUGGUUUUCCUUAAAUUACAAAUAAAAACUAAAUAACAACAAUCGAAAUUGACAAUAAUAUAGAUAAGAAAUGGGAAUAUGUCACACAAUAUCUUAUGUAGUUUUGUUUUCAAUGUAACUUAAAACAUCAAACAAUAAGUCCCAGCAAUUUAAAAUGCUCAAAACGCUUUUCUAACCUUUCUGUUUAAUUUUUAUACAACAAUUUUCCUUUGGUCUCAAUAUAGGCUUUAUAUUUAGAUUCAUAUCUUUCCUUGUAACAUUUUUUUCAGCUCUAACAACAUCCAUUAUAUGCUGGUAGAUAGAUCUGGUGAAUAUGGUGGAUACGGGAACAAUUUAGGUUCAUUUUAUUGAAUUAGACCAUCGCUUUUAUCGAGUUAUGACACAAUGCAUUGUCAAUAUUCAUUAUUAUUUUUCUUUUUUCUAUCAAUGACAAUAUGUCAUUUUAAUAUCCCUCAGAAGGUUUUUAUUGAGUCCACAUUAGAAUAUGAAACCUAUAUAUAAAAAUGCUUCUCUUUUAUCCACUUAUGCUGUUCAAUCAACAGCAGCAGUGCACUGAACCUGAACAUCCGGUGAAUUUUUAGUUUAUUCAAAAAUUUAAAUCAAGCAGCUUGAAAUAGCCCAUUUAUUUAUGAAGCACCCUAACACCGAGUUAUAACAGUGACAAGUUCGUGAUUUAAAUUUUUUUUUGUGGAAGGUAUUUGAACUGUUUUUUUACUGGAAACUAUUCUCAAAUUCAUUUCUGAGAGGGUGACAAGAUAAUAUUCCGCACCGGAUUCCACAAGAACUUGGUACGUUACUGAGUCCUGUCCAGUUAUGAGAUUACCAUUUUGAUUCAGAUCACAUAUUGGCUAAACGAAAUCCUUUUCACUUAUUUAAACAAAUCUAAAAAGGUAUUUUAUACUUUUUCUUCAUUAUUUUCAAGAUCUCUUUUAUAUUUUCUUGUGUAAUCCCUUCUUUUGGACGUCUUAAUCAUUGUGCAUCAUCAGUGUUUGUACAGUCAAGUUCAAACUCUGCAUAUCAGCAGAUGAUGGUUGAUUUUUUUCAAAAAAAAGUCACGAUAAUACUUUUCAAGCCAAGUUUUUGCCCCAAAAGUCUUUUUUUUAUUGUUUCAAAAAAUUCACCUUGAUAAAUUUAAAGUUGUAAGGAAUGAGAUUGAUAUUUCAUAGCAUCUUCCAAAAGAUGUAAUUUGUGUAAAUCAAUAUAAAUCAAACCAUGGGCUUAUUGAUUGAUGGUAUAAACAUGCAUGUUGACCAAAAUGGCCAUUAGUUGUACAAGUGUAUCGUUAUUGUAAAUGAUCAGUGACGUUUAUUUUCAAAACUGGUAUUUUGACGUUGACAUGUGUCUGAUAUUAAAGAUCAAUAUCCUGAUCAAGAAUAUCUCAAUAAACCAGAAGAUAAAUUAUAGUACCUAAGAGUUGAUACAACAUUGAACAGGAUUUAAUUAUCGUUAGUAAUAAAUUUAUGUUGAAAACUUAAUUUGGAAAAAAUAAUAAAUAUAUUGUUUAUAAUUUAUUGUGUUGUUUUUUGAAGCAAAUAAAUUUUUCUGGUUUC